GAUUUGACCUUCAAGUUCUCAGUACCCUCCAUCAAUGGGCGGUACUAUUAGAUCGUUGCCCCAGUAAACUUACGUCUAAAUAGACACUUCCUAAGCGUCGAACGUCCUGUCGUCUAAAUAAACCUAUUAACUCCGUAACUAUACAUAUGUAGAUGGGAUCAUUAUGGAUAAAAAAUGUUUUUGGUGUGCAUUUAAGCGAGGAAGAGCUCCGGAACAUUCCGCAUUUAAAGAUUGAACUGCUAACACAUAUCGCUCUCAGAACAGUUCAAACUUCAUGUCUUUUCGGAGCUAUCGUAUGUGCCCCGGUGAUUACCUUGCUGUCAGAACCUAAAACUUUAAGGUGUUUAACCAGAAGAUCAUUCAAAUUCGCCACUUAUGGAUUCUUACCUGGAAUCACCAUAGCCCCAAUACUGAUGUACGCUCGAAUGAAAGAUCAACCGGACGAAGCAUUUUACGACAGGUGCUAUCGGCUACGGUGCAACAAAAGCCAGGUACAGCUAGUAUGCUAAUAUAGAUCAUGUCCUUUCAAUAGCUAACAUUAUUCGUCUAAAUUCCACUAUCAAGUAGUCAUUCAUUUCUAUAAGGGUUCAUGAUCAUGCCAAUUCAGUGACUUUUGGUCGGUCAAUCCAACCAAACUUACCCAAUAUCCCUAUCUUGAGGAAGUCGCAAUAGAAAACUGGGGAAAUGACACAAAAACUCCAAUUUUUCUCAAAGUCAGGGGAAAACCCUCAAAUUUACCCAAAGUUUCCCCAAAAUAGGGAAAUUGGGUAUCCCAGCAUACUUAAAUUAGUAUACCGAGUUUGUUUCAAGCAUUGCAUUACAUAUUAGGAUAACUAUAAGGAUACUUAUUUCGGGUUAUAAAGCCCUUACUAACUAACUAAUUCAAGAUUAAAUUAGGGAUUUCCACAAAUACGGUAAACAACUAGUCUGUUCCGUUAGCAGUUUACAAGAUUUUUGGAAAUCACUCGUAAAGUUGUGAAAAUAUAGAAUGUACAAACAAGUAUGUAAAUAAAGCGUUUACCAGCUGAGUAUUUUCCACUAGUAUUUAUAGGAACUAAAUCCAAAUAAGUUUUUUUUAUAAAAAUGAGAGUUAAAUAAAGAUCCCAAGCUGCCAGCUUCGGGGAAUUCCCCAAAGUAAAAUAGCCUUCCCCAAACUUUGGGAAAAUUUUGGGGAUUUCCCCAGGUUUGGGGAAAUUUUGGGUUUUUUGUCUCAUUUCCCCAAAAUUCACUAUAGAGGCUUCCCCAAAAUGGACUAAAUUUUCCCCAAAGUUGGGAGCCUGGGAUCACUAACAUAUUUUGUCUCGAAGUUUAUAUACGACUUCUCAAUAAGGUGGGAUCGAUCCAAACGAAAGAAAUUCGAUAUCUAAAGUCGUUUUUACAACUGUAGUGGUGGCUGUAAGGUGUUUCUCGCGAAUAACGAGUGUCUCAUUACAAUAAAUGUAAGGGUUCAACUGAUGACAUACUCCACCCCUUUGGAAUUCCAACACUGGUUGUGAGAUUCGGAGAGCAAGACCUAUUAUUACGCUAGCAAGCACAUAGUGGUUAUUUUAAACCUCUAGCUUUCCAGUCGCGCUCCCGGACCAAUAAAGCUGGAAACUUAUUACUUCCCUCCCAGGUUUCCAGAAUCAAAGCAUGCUAACACAGUCAACACUAGAAAACAAUAUUUGGGAGUUAGAUUUUUUCGUAAAUGCAGUUGUCAGACAUCUAAUGGAUAGUAGAUACAAUGCCAAUCAGUGAAUACCUUUAAAGCAUUCAAAAUAACUGACGAAUAUCGGACGUCGACUUUAUCCCAUUUCGCUGAGACUGGUUGAAUGCUUCCAACCUGACCUAUUUGUACAGAAGAAAAGGGUGACAAAUCUACAUUAUAAGAGAUAUAGUUGUAGCUUAAUACUUUUAUCUCCUUUGUAAGCCUACUUAUGUUCACACACUGAUUCGACUUUGCGUCUCGCGAUGUAAUCACUUGCGGUGGCCAUUAUCAUAAUAUGGUCGCGUACUUUAAUAAUGACUAGUAACCAUCCCCUACUUUUCAAGACUAGUGUUUUUGUUUCAUUUCAAAAUAUAAAAGAAGCAUAUCAUUUUCAAAUAUCUAGUGCUAUAUUUUGGGGAAACUCUGAAAGAGGUGGAAACAUUCACGUAUCUGAGCAGCAUCAUAGAUGAAGUUGGAGGAUCUGAUACCGACGUAAAGGCGAGAUUCGGUAAAUCAAGGACAGCAUUCCUACAGUUGAAGAACAUAUGGAACUCGAAACAACUGUCAACCAAUAUCAAAGUCAGAAUCCUCAAUACGAACGUCGAUAGUUCUACUGUACAGAGCUGAAACCUGAAGAUCUAGCACAAUCAUCAUCAAAAAGGUACAAGUAUUUAUAAACAGUUGUCUAUGCAAGUUACUCAAUAUGUGUUGACCGGAUACCAUCAGUAACAGCCUACUAUAAGAGAGAACAAGCCAGCUUCUAGUUGAGGGAGAAUUUAGGAAAAGACGCUGGAAGUGGAUAGGACACACACUGCAUCACGAAGUAAGCACUAACUUGAACUCCUGAAGGGAAACGGAAAAGAGGCAGGCCAAAGAACAUACUGCGCCGAGACAUGAAUAGGAUGAAUAGCAACUGGAAAAGAUUGUCCAGGACACAGUUGGGUGGAGAAUGCUAGUAAGCGGCCUAUGUUCCCCCAUGCGGUGUAACAGGCGUAAGUAAGCGCCAUAUUUGUCCUUUUUCUCUGAUCCUAAUUCAGUCCCAUUCCGAACACCCAUCUCAACUUCGCCUAUCAAAGUGUAUCAGAAUUUUUUUUAUCACAUGAUUCGGUGUUUCCUUAAGCUGUUUGGAGUUCAUGAGUAGCCUCAACAUAGGAUGGAUUAGUUCCAUUCUGCAAAUCUCGUUCUUUAUUUGUUCAGAGUGGACAAACUUUAUAAGGAAAAUACUUGCUAAAAUAGGACAAAGUCUCUACAGUUUAGAGAUAUGAUUCCUAACUCGUUAACUGCACAGCAAAUUGUUUAUAGGUAAAAUGUCAUUGUAAAUAACGUUUCGAGUGAAUGUUUUUUGUCGGGGUAUCAGUGAGUAGGGCUUAAAUAACAUUCGAAAUUGAAUUUUUGGUUUUACCAGGAAAGAACCGACUGCGUUUCUCGUAUCCCUAACUUCAAGAACAGGGGUUGUCUUAUAACAUAUUUUCUGGGCAUCCAUAUGAAUAAUAAUAUAUACAGUUUUGUGAUGUCCCAAUUGGUAGAAAAUUGUAUUAAUGACGUUCCAUGACCUUAUGUAAGUCACUUCUUCAGGACAAAUAAUACGCAUCAGGUCGCGAAAUGUCAUUAAUACAAUUUCCUACUAAUUGGGAUAUCACAAAAAUAUACUUAUUUCUAACUUUCAACCAAAUGAUCAAUUUAUUUGGAACUAUCAAGUCCAAUCUUGACACUGAUACCUACAAAUCCAUGUAAUUACUUAGCGGUUCGUGUAAUUUCUUUGGUUUUAUUAUUUUUUUCAAUGAAGCUUCGUGUAGAUCGUUUCAGUUAUAUCGGUUUGGGAUGCGGCGGGAUAGCAGGUUUCGCCAACGCAGUUGGACCAAUACAAACAGCAAUAAUAGGAAUGAUGAUUGGGACUGUAGCAGCUGUUUGUUGUAAUAAAAUUGAGAAUAGCAUUUCUACACAGAAAUAGAUAUUAGAUUUUUUUGCUCAACUUCUGUUCAUUUAUUUCCGUAAUAAAUAUAUUUUCCAAUAAUUAACUGGUUUGUGGUAGAA